AUGGCGGCCCCGCUGGCGGCGGCGGCGGCGGGCGGCGGGGGGGCGGCGGCGGCCGCGGCGGGGAGGGGGGGGCGCGGGCCGGCGCUGCGGGAGGGGGCGCGGGUGUCGGCGCUGUGCCUGGCCUGGUACGGGCUGAGCGCCGGCGGGAACGUGGUGAACAAGCUGCUGCUCGGCGGCUUCCCGCGGCCCGUCACCGUCUCGCUCUUCCACAUCCUGGGGCUGUGCGGGCUCCUGCCGCCGCUGCUGCGCGCCUGGCGGGUGCCUCCCGCCGGCCCGGCCCAGCUGCCGCCCCGCGCCUACCCCCGCUACAUCCUGCCGCUCGCCUUCGGCAAGUACUUCGCCUCCGUCUCCGCACACGUCUCGCUCUGGAGGGUCCCGGUCUCCUACGCGCACACAGUAAAAGCGACGAUGCCAAUAUGGGUGGUUCUUCUUUCGCGGAUCAUAAUGAAGGAAAAGCAGACGACGAAGGUGUACUUGUCUCUCAUCCCCAUAAUAACUGGUGUCCUGUUGGCCACUGUCACGGAACUUUCCUUUGACAUGUGGGGACUCAUCAGUGCACUUGCUGCUACUCUGUGUUUUUCGCUUCAGAACAUCUUCUCAAAGAAGGUGUUAAGAGAUUCCCGAAUACAUCAUCUUCGGUUGCUGAACAUACUUGGGUGCCAUGCUGUGUUCUUCAUGAUCCCAACAUGGGUUUUGGUUGAUCUUUCUUCCUUCUUAGUAGAGAAUGACUUGAGCACGAUGUCUCAUUGGUCCUGGACCCUGAUGCUGCUUAUAAUCAGUGGAUUCUGUAAUUUUGCCCAGAAUGUCAUUGCCUUCAGUAUUCUCAACCUGAUCAGCCCGCUAAGUUACUCUGUCGCAAAUGCCACAAAACGAAUCAUGGUCAUCACAGUGUCCCUUAUAAUGCUUCGCAAUCCGGUUACGAGCACCAAUGUCCUUGGAAUGAUGACAGCUAUCUUAGGGGUCUUCUUAUAUAACAAGACAAAAUACGAUGCAAACCAAGAAGCAAAGAAGCAGCUACUUCCAGUUACAACUGCAGACCUUGUGAAUUUGGACCGGCAUCGAAACACUCCUGAAAAGUCUCAGAACGGACUUACGGCAUUUGCACAACAUGGAGACUAUCAGUAUGGUCGAACCAAUAUCUUAACAGACCACUUCCAGUAUAAUCGGCAAAACUAUCCAACGACCUACAACUUAAAUCGUUUUGAUAUAUAGAAUCCUGGCAAACAGGUAUAGACUGUGAUAUCAAAGUGUCCCCAGCAUUAUCAGAAACUUUUAGUACAUCCAUGAAUGUAAAGCCAUUUUAUUGUACAGGUUUUGCAGAAGGGAAGAUGCAUGUGUAGUGAAAGCGGUACAGACCUCCAACUUCUGCUAAGCAGACCUUUAAACGUGAAACAGAUCUGACACUGGAACUAAAUGCACAGUGUAGCUCUUUGUACAGAGAUUCUGGUGAAAUGUGCGUA